AGAAAUUUGAGGGACCAGCAGGAAAACUGUUACUUGAUGGUGACCCAGUUAUGGGUUACCAAUCACUUCUGAGCAUACUCUAUUAUUGCUAGUGUGACUCAUAAAAGUAGAUAUGUUGCCAGUAUAAAGCUGCACAGAGCUUACAGAAGGAUGAAGCUCUGAAGGUACAUAACAAAAUAUGGCUCCGCUGACUCCCAGACUUGUGGUGCCCAUAGAUGUGAAGAAGAAGCCAUGGGAGCAGAAGGUUCGUCUCCAUAACCGCUGGCAUCCGGAUAUCCCUCCUGUUGCUGAUGUAACUGAAGGGGAAUUAUUCCGUGUUGAGAUGGUCGAUUGGACUGGAGGACGGGUUAGAGAUGAUGACUCUGCAGAUGAUAUCAAAUUUCUGGACCUCACAAUUACUCAUUAUCUCAGUGGGCCCCUUAGAAUAGUUGAUGCUGAAGGGGUUCCAGCUUCACCUGGUGAUCUUCUUGCGGUAGAGAUCUGCAACCUCGGUCCGCUCCCUGGUGACGAGUGGGGUUAUACUGGAAUAUUCGAAAGGGAGAAUGGAGGCGGGUUCUUAACUGACCACUUUCCAAGUGCAAGAAAAGCCAUUUGGUAUUUUGAAGGAAUUUAUGCAUACUCCCCUCAGAUACCAGGUGUUCGGUUUCCGGGAUUAACUCAUCCUGGUAUAGUGGGAACUGCACCAUCAGUUGAGCUUCUUAAUAUAUGGAACGAAAGGGAAAGAAAAUUGAUCGAGACAGGUCACGAGUCUCUGAAACUGUGCGAAGUUCUACAUCAGAGACCCCUUGCUAAUUUACCAACCUCUGACAACUGCUUACUUGGAAAGAUUCAAGAAGGGACUGCUGAAUGGCAAAAAAUUGCAAAUGAAGCAGCAAGAACUAUUCCUGGAAGAGAGAAUGGGGGGAAUUGUGACAUAAAGAAUCUAAGCAGAGGUUCCAAAGUUUAUCUACCAGUAUUUGUUGAAGGAGCAAAUCUGAGUACUGGCGAUAUGCACUUUUCCCAAGGUGAUGGUGAAGUCUCAUUUUGCGGAGCAAUAGAAAUGAGUGGAUUCCUUGAGCUAAAGUGUGAGAUCAUAAGAGGUGGGAUGAAGGAAUACUUGACUCCUGUUGGUCCAACAGCGCUUCAUGUGAAUCCUAUCUUUGAGAUAGGUCCGGUGGAGCCACGUUUCUCAGAAUGGUUAGUCUUUGAGGGCAUCAGUGUAGAUGAGUCAGGGAAACAACAUUUCCUUGAUGCAUCAGUCGCAUACAAGCGUGCAGUUCUCAAUGCCAUUGAGUAUCUUUCCAGAUUUGGGUACUCCAAGGAGCAGGUCUAUCUUUUACUGUCAUGCUGUCCAUGUGAGGGUAGGAUAUCUGGAAUAGUAGACGCCCCUAAUGCAGUGGCGACACUUGCGAUCCCUACAGCAAUAUUCGACCAGGAUAUAAAGCCAAAACGCCUGGGGCAUGGACCAAAAUUGAGAAGACUUCCGGAUGUUCUGAGAUGAAGGUGCAGUGGACACCUUCCUGGAACACAAGACCAAAUAUCAUGUUUGGAAUAUCUAACAAUAAAUCUAAAUAAUCAUCUUUAGGAUUUCCACAACCAUCUAUGUACGUGCAAGACGGAAUGUGGACCCGUAAUUGUAAUAUGGGGUUUCUUGUUUCUCGAUACUUGAUAAUUUAUAUGUCAGAACAAUCGACGUAUAUGAAGACACCUAUAUGCAUAUUUUCUAUAUUGCUGCAAA